AUGCACCUUCGACUCUUCCUGCUGCUGGCGAUCGCCAUCGCCUCGGCCGCCGCCGAGAAGUUCAAAGUGAUCAGGGAAUGGAAGUACCUGAACUUCACCUGGCCCAGCCCAGAGCUGCGCGAAGCCGCCCUCGCCGACGGCAGCUACGUGCCCGAGAACAACAUCAUAGCCGGCAUCGACUACUUCGACGGCUACUACUACCUCACGGUGCCCCGGAUGAAGUCCGGAGUGCCGGCCACCCUGGCGAGGAUCCCGGGGGGGCGGCCGGGCAAGCGGGACGCGCAUCCGCCGCUGGAGCCGUUCCCUUCGUGGGAGAUGAACAGGGCGGGCGAUUGCGAGGGGUUCCAGAACGUGCAGAACCUGGAGAUCGAUCCCAAAGGGCAGGCUUGGAUUAUUGACAGCGGGCGCACCGAGACUCUGAAUCACCCUGUGUCCAGGUGCCCGCCGAAGUUGGUUAUAUACGAUGUUAAAAACAACGCCACGGUUACCAUGUACACUUUUCCGGAAAAUGUGGUCAGCAGGGAGAAUAAUUUCUUGUAUGAUUUAGUGAUCGACGACACCGAUGGGGGGUAUGCUUAUAUUACUGAUAACAGUGCAAAGGAUCCUGGCAUCGUCGUUUUCUCGGUCAAAAGCCACACGUCCUGGAAAAUCAGGCACCCUCAAAGCAUGCGAGCAGAUCCUUCUGCUGUCACAUUCCGCGUCAAUGGAGUCGUGAUAAACUCACCCCUGAACGUAGCCGGGGUCGCUCUGGGGCCCAAAAUCCACACCAGCGCCGAAAGAAUCGUCAUCGACGAGGACAGGGAGUUGUACUACAGCCCUAUAUCCAGCAUGAAUUUGUUCUCCAUUAACACGUCGGCUUUGAGGAACGAACAGCGGGGGCUGGAUAACGCGGAAUACAAGGGGGAUGUCAAGGAUUACGGCAGGAAAGCGUCCCAAUCCGCAGGCAUGAUAAUGGACAAUAAGGGAGUCCUGUAUUACACUUUACUAGGAACCUACAGCAUAGCCAAAUGGGACUCGCACACUCCCUUCGAGAGCAAACAACGGAUAAUCUCCAAGGAUCCCAAAUACCUGGAGUGGCCGAAUUCCUUUUGCGUCGACAGCAAAGGCAACCUAACCGUGCUGGUCAACCGAAUGAACAAGUUCAUCUACGAUCGCAUUAACGUCGAAGAGGAGAAUUUCCGGCUGAUAACCUCCUUCAUCGACGCUAAAGGUUACCUGUUCAACGACAACUACGAAUACGGCAUCGACUUGAACGUGACCACUCCACCGCCGGCGUCCAGCCGGCCGCCGGAACCCGAGGUGCUGCCGGGUUCCGACAACGAUCCCUAUUUGGUGCCGCAUCCCAUACCAGAAAAACCCCAAACCUCCAGCACCACCGACGAAACCUCCCAAUCCACCGACCAAACCAUGAACAGCUCCAGCGAGGUGACCCAACACACGGACAACUCGACUGAAUCCUCCUCGGAAGCGGAACCCGAACCCACCCCCGAGCCCGAACCCGAGCCCGAACCCACGCCGGAACCCGAACCCGGCAGCCCCAUCUCGAUGAUCACCUCGCGACCGAUACAGCACUCCAGGCCGGUGACCAGCGCGAGGGAGCCCCAAACAGAACCUUCUGCGGAGCCUUCGAGUAAGCCUUCGGGGGCGUCCAGCGAAGCGACCAACACGGAACCGGUCACGGAGACGCCCGGGGCGGCGUCUUCUGCGCAUGUGAAGUACGCUUCCUCCUGGAUAGCCGCCAUCGUGACCGGGUUCGUCGGUUUGACGAUGUUCGUGAGUUAUUGGUACACUAGGUUUCAUUAG